UUAGAAAAACACUAAUUAAGAAGCUUUGUUCAGAGAAUAACUGAGAAUUAAGCAUGGAAGUAGUACAAGACGUUGUGAUUGUGGGAGCUGGAAUUGCUGGCCUCACAACCUCCUUGGGACUUCACAGGCUGGGCAUUAGGAGCUUAGUGCUGGAAUCGUCUGAUAGCUUGAGGACAACAGGGUUUGCGCUCGCAAUAUGGACUAAUGCGUGGAGGGCUUUAGAUGCCAUCGGUGUUGGCGAUCGUCUUCGGCAGCAACAUGAUUCUCUUCUUGGGAAUGUGGUUUCCUCAAGAAUUUCGGGGCUUCAGUUGUUUGAGAUGUCAUUUAAGGAGAAAGGAAAACAUGGAGACCAUGAAAUUCGUUGUGUGAGAAGGAAGUUGCUGCUGGAAGCCCUUGCAAGUGAACUUCCUAGUGGCACCAUUAGGUUCUCAUCAAAGGUUGUUUCCAUUGAGGAAUCAGGCUACUAUAAGCUGGUACAUCUUGCUGACGGAACCAUCCUCAAAGCCAAGGUUUUGGUUGGGUGUGAUGGAGUAAACUCAGUGGUAGCAAAAUGGCUUGGCUUCAAGCCGCUGGUCUUUACAGGAAGAUCUGCCAUUCGGGGUAGUGCCGAGUACACGACCAGCCAUCAGUUUGAUCCAAAGAUGAUGCAGUACUUUGGGAAUGGUGUUAGAUCUGGUGUCGUUCCUUGUGACAGUAAAAAUGUUUACUGGUUCUUUACUUGGUCUCCCCCCAGCCAAGAGAAAGAGCUAGAGAAGAACCCUCCUCAGUUGAAGCAAUAUAUGUUAACCAAGCUUGGAAAGUUACCAGAUGAAGUAAGAGCUGUUAUGGAAAACACUGUAUUGGAUGCUUUUAUAUCCUCUCCACUGAGAUAUAGGCAUCCUUGGGAAAUUCUUUGGGGAAAUAUUAGUAAAGGUAACGUAUGUGUGGCUGGAGAUGCGCUACACCCCAUGACCCCAGACAUUGGACAAGGCGGCUGUGCUGCAUUAGAAGACGGCAUUGUAUUAGCUAGGUGUCUCGGUGAGGCAUUGUUGAAGAACUGGAGGGAAGAAAUUAGAGAAGAAGGUGAAGAAGGAAAAGAGGAAUUUAAAAGGAUUGAGAUAGGGUUGAAUAAGUAUGCCAGUGAGAGGAAAUGGAGAAGUUUUGAUCUUAUUAGUACAGCUUAUGUGGUUGGUGUUAUACAGGAGGCUGAUGGAAAAGUAAUGACUUUCUUGAGGGACAAGGUUUACUCUUCAAUCCUGUCCGGGUUGCUGUUGAAGAAGGCUGAUUUUGAUUGUGGUAAGCUCAGAAGCUCUUAAAUCUGCAAGCCAUUGGUACAUCCUUUUUAUAUAAUGUAUUUCCAAGACUGCAAGUUUCAUAUGUAUCAGUCAUAUUGGUGCUUCCAAUAAUCAUCCUAUGUAAUAUCAA